AUGAGGAUAUCACUCACCAAUGAAUUCGGUGACUUGCACAAUCUGGAAGUGGACUCUACUAUUAGCAUCCAGAAUCUCAAAGCACUAGCCGAAGCAGAACUACGCAUCCCAGCCAACGCACAAACCAUUCUUCACAAUGGGGUCGAAUUGCUUGAUGUAUCGAAAACGCUGCAGGAAUUGGGCGUUGCUCAGGAUGACAUCCUGUUUGUAAAGAGAGCUGGUACUGCUGCGGGUGGUGUCGGUGCUGCUGGAGGAAGGCCUGUUGGAGAUCCUGCAGAGGCAUUACGGCAACAGCUGCUAUCGGAUCCACGUGCGAUGACACAAUUGGCAUCAAGAAAUCCACAACUCGCAGCUGCAGCACUCGAAGAUCCUGAACAAUUCAGGAGAAUGAUCAUGGAUAUUGAAAGGCAACGACGUGAAUAUGAGGAACGAGCUGCUGCUGAAAUGGCCGCACUAGACGACGACCCAUUCAACCCAGAAGCGCAACGCCGAAUAGAAGAAGCAAUUCGUCAAAAGAAUGUCGACGAGAACAUGGAAGCUGCUAUGGAAUACAAUCCUGAAUCAUUCGGUCGUGUCAUCAUGCUGUAUAUAAAUACCGAAGUCAACUCGAUACCUGUCAAAGCAUUCGUGGAUUCAGGUGCUCAGGCUACUAUUAUGAGUCCAGAGUGUGCGGAGAAGUGUAAAAUAUUGCAUCUGUUGGAUAAGAGGUUUGCUGGUGUGGCUAUUGGUGUUGGGCAAGCAAAGAUCUUGGGUCGUGUACAUGCAGCUCCAUUCAAGAUUGGAGGUCAGGUGUUGAUGUGCUCCUUCACCAUCAUGGAGGGAAAGGGUGUUGACUUACUCUUUGGUCUCGACAUGCUGAAACGCCAUCAAGCGUGUAUAGACCUCAAGAAGAAUGUCCUCGUCAUCAACGAAGAAGACAUUCCAUUCCUAUCCGAACACGAACUACCCGAUAAAGCCAAAUGGGAAACCUCAGGUUCUCCUAUGGCAACAUCACCAACACAACCAUCCGGUCAGCCUCUCGGUGGACCUUCGUCAUCAUCAUCCUCAGUACCACCAUCGUCUCGACCACCUGCUCAAGCUGCUGGGAACGCUGCAGCAGCACGAGCUGCUGGUGUAGGAGGUGCCAAUAAUAGUAAUAAUCCAGCUGCAGCCAAAUAUCCCGAAGCUUCUAUACAGUCGUUAGUUGAUUUGGGCGCGACAAGGGCUGAAGCUAUAGCUGCACUAGAUGCUUCAGGAGGUAAUCCGGAUGUCGCUGCUAACAUGUUUUUCGGAUGA